GCGUGGCCCGCCAAUGUUUCACGGCGGUCGGCCAAUCGAACACGAGCCCGUUGAUAUGCCAUCCUAGAUGCCAUCCUGCCCGCUGGAGUCGGCACUCGGACUGCCGCCCUGUCGCCCUGCCCCAUGCCCAGACGCCGUGCAGGGGACCAUCCUAACCAUCUACACAAUUGCCCCGUCUCCAUCCUUUUUUUCCCUGCUUUGGCUUAGCGUUUCUUGUCGUCAUGAACUCGAUAUUAUGGGCCGGCCUGUCGCCCUUCCUCCCUGUCCUCCAUGCUGGCUGGGCACAGUAUCUGCUCCAAACUCUCCCACCGAAGUCUACCAAGCCCUUGCUCCCACGUGCGAACCCGUUUGCGUUCUCGAACAGAGCGGACUCCACCAAUCCUUGCAUGUCUUGUUUUGAUCGCACCGCAUCAUCCAAUCCAACCCAGGCUGGGCUUGUUGUGAGGUCGGCCUCCGUACAACAGACCAACAUCGAACCUCAGAACAACCCAUAGGCUCAAGUGCUUGCGGAGUUCACGCAACUGAUCCCACAGCGCGCCAUGGUCCUGCCGUGGAAACGUGUGACGGCCUUUGCCGCCGUCGCCGCCUACGCCGCAACCUCGUUGCUCAAACAGGAAUGGUCACGAUGCGCCUUUACCAGAUACUUCGCCGUCAGCUGGCUGCUGGGCCUCUUAUGUUGGGGGUUUUGGACCGUCAUCCUCUAUCCCAAAUUCUUCUCGCCUCUCCUGGGCUUGCCCGAACCACAGAACCCAUCGUGGAUCAACGGGCAGUACUCAAAGAUUCGCGAACUUGCCACUGGGGUGCCCAUGCUUGAAUGGGUCAACUCAGUGCCCAACAAUGGCGUGAUCCGCUACCUCGGCCCUCUCAACCAGGAGCGGCUCCUGCUCACGUCGCCCAAGGCCCUGGCUGAGGUGCUCGUCACCAAGAACUACGACUUCGCCAAGCCGGGCAUGGUGCGGUACUCGAUCGGCCGCAUCCUCGGCAUCGGCGUCCUGCUGGCCGAGGGCGACGAGCACAAGUUCCAGCGCAAGAACCUGAUGCCCGCCUUUGCCUUCCGCCACACCAAGGACCUGUACCCCGUCUUCUGGGAGAAGGCCCGCCAGGGGGUCAGGGCAAUGUCCGAGCAGAUCCUCGUCGACGCGGCCAAGGAGCCCGCCUCCCAGGCCUCGCCGCAGGACCCGGAGAAGGCAGUGGGCGACAAGGCGGCCAUCCUCGAGGUCGGGGGGUGGGCGUCGCGCAUCACGCUCGACAUCAUCGGCAUCGCCGGCCUCGGCAGGGACUUUGGCGCCAUAGCCGACCCGACCAACAAGCUGUUCCAGACCUACAACCACCUCUUCAAGCCGUCGCGCCAGGCCCGGUUCCUGGCCACCCUGGGGCUCAUCCUGCCGGCGUGGUUCGUCACCCGCCUGCCCGUGCGCCGCAACGAGGACGUGCAGGAGGCGGCCCGGGUCAUCCGCUCCGUGUGCUUCGACCUGAUCCGCGAGAAGAAGGAGAAGCUGGCGCGCAAGGAGCUCACCGACGUCGACAUCCUGUCCGUGGCGCUCGAGAGCGGCGGCUUCAGCGAGGACAACCUGGUCGACCAGCUCAUGACCUUCCUCGCCGCCGGCCACGAGACCACCGCCAGCAGCAUGACCUGGGCCAUCUACAUGCUGUGCCUGCACCCGGGCGUGCAGUCCCGCCUGCGCGACGAGGUCCGCAGCCGCCUGCCCUCCAUCGACGACGCCGGCGCCACCGUCUCCAGCAUCGACGUCGACCACAUGCCCUACCUCAACGCCGUCUGCUCCGAGGUCCUGCGCUACUUCUCCCCCGUGCCCAUGACCCUGCGCGAGGCCGCCGUCGACACCACCAUCCAGGGCCACCGCGUCCCCAAGGGCACCCGCAUCGUCAUGGCCCCCGCCGCCACCAACAAGGACACCUCCCUCUGGGGGCCCGACGCCACAAAGUUCAACCCGGACCGGUGGAUGCCCAAGCACGACGGGGACAAGAGCGCCGCCUCUGGUGGGGCAAGCAGUAACUAUGCCUUCAUGUCCUUCCUGCACGGCCCAAGGAGCUGCAUUGGUAUGAACUUUGCUAGGGCCGAGUUCGCGUGCCUCCUGGCGGCGUGGGUGGGCCGUAUGGAGUUUGAGCUGAGGGACAAGGCGGAGAUGGACGAGAAGAACAUGGAGAUCAAGGCGGGUGUGACUUCUAGGCCGGCAAAGGGGCUGUGGGUGAAGGCCACGGUGCUCGAUGGGUGGUGAGCAGGUUGGGGGGGCUCCUGGGCUGGCUUCCUCGUGCGGUCUGCAUGAAUAAUUGUACAUAUGCACCGACCAAAAAAAUAAUAGCACUAUUUGGGAUUCA